GCGGUUCUGUUCAAAUUUCAAGUGGAAGAAAUGUUAACGGAUGGGAGGGAAAGCACACAGAGAGUCGCGGUAAUAUCUGAAGAGGAGUAGGUUAUGUGUAUUUAGGUGAUGUUAAAUGUUAAGGCUGAAGAGGAUAAAGCCAGGCAGGUUGGCGGUGAGGUGUUUAUUCGGUGUUUGGGUCACUAACGGGCAGUCUGUCAGCGCUGGCUCUCACUGAACUCAUCAAUAAGGAGCUUGUGAAUAUAAUCGACGUUUGCUUCGAUAUACCGGUUUAUUCGCUAACUAUCCGCUGUUCUCCAGUCUUCAAUGGAGCAGAAAUUCGGGCUUGACCGAGAAGGAUCGUCUAAUAGAAGACGUUCAUCGAUUCUAAAAGCUCCUCGGCCAUCUAUGAAAGUGUUCGGAAAUGACCAGGAUGAAAACCAGGAGGAAACUAGAUCACUUGAAAAACGGCGAAGUUCACGAAGAGUCAGUUUUGCCACUACAAAUAACAUUCACGUCUUCCCAAAAGAUGUAAAAGCUGAUCCUGUAUUGUCCCCUAUCCAAAAUGUGACACAUGGAGCCAGUGGCGGACAGAAUGAGAAGACGCACUGUUUUGAUACCAGUGGAAAACAUAAAAUUAUGGGAUUGAACACCAUGCUAACCACACCCAUUCAUUUUGCACUAAACAAGGAGAAUUUCUUCCCUGAACCAACUUUGCCAGUUGACUGUGGGGACAGAACUCUGUUACUUGGGGAGAACACUGGGUACAUGGACAUGACUUGCAGUCAAACAAUUGCAAUUGAAACAGAGGAUGUGUUUAAUCCAGAAUAUAACUUGAACAUGUACAAUGUUGGUGAACCUCACAAGCUCAAGAGUCAGAAUGGUAUGCCCUGUAAAACCUUUGGCACCAUGGAAAAAGAUGUGAUGCAUUCAGAAUUUAAUGACUUUCUUUCUCGUUUAUCAAAGACAAGUUCUGAAAAUGUUUCACCUUUGCUUCCAAAUUCUUUGGAAAAUAUAAGUAACGCAAAAACGGACAAGGAGAACGUUCUACCGACUUGUUUGAAUGAGCUUGCACUUCCUAAGAGGGGUUGCAUGGACAUGACCACUAGUCACACUGUCGUCAUUGAAGAGGCUUUUCAGCGUUUUCCUUAUUCUGCAGGUGGAAAUUGUAGAACCAAAAAUACAGAGUCCUCUUCAAAUGAUUUAGAUGACAUGGAGCUCACUUGUAGUCAAACUGCCACCAUCAACUUGAAAUGCAUGGAAAAUGUAAAUCGCAGUAUGUCCUAUGUGCAGCCAAAGAAAUGCAAGUUUGUCCGUACUGACCCCAUUGAAAUGAUGACGGACGUUUUGGAUGUAUAUGUUCAAGAGCCGUUAUCUGAACAAAACCGAGCUGAUCACCUUCAGAGUAUCGCCUCGUUUGCGCCAGUGGCGGAUUCUGAUGAUAUGGAAGUAACACGAUCACAAACUGUUGUCCUUGAGACCAAAUAUGGGGGAGAACCUUUUUCCAGAAGUCGUGUUUUAUCUCUUGUAUCUUCCAUUACUGGCGAGUCUAACAGAAUAAUGAUGAAUACAACACAGACAGGAAAUAUAACUUCAGGUGCCCUUGCAGCCACCGAAACUGGAGAGUGUAAAAGAAACACGACUCUGGCGACACAAACUGUGUUUCAUAAUGAUCAGAGCGACUUUAUGGAAUUGACUUGCCAAGCAUCAACUGGGGCUUUGUCUCCUAAUCUAGAUGACUCGAUGUUAACGGGAUGCGGUAAUCUGGCCGCAGACUUGAAACCUAUUUCAACAACAAAUGUAAUGUCAAAACCACAAGCAUCUUUCAUGCUACCACCAUCAGUCUCUCCAGAAGUCAAAAGGGCUCAUCGGUUUAAAAGUGAAAGUUCAGUCUCUCACAUGGUGGUUGAUAUGGAAAUGACACAGUGUCACACAGUAGGUGGUGAUCUGGAAAAAACGUGUCCUACAGUGUGUGAUGAUAUGGAAAUGACCCAAUGUCAGACAGUUGUCCUUGAGGCCAAAAGCUGUGAUGGCUACAAAUCGCUUGCGUCAACAUCUUUUGGAACUAAAGGUAUGACCCAUGAACACACUGCAUCUUCUAAGAGAACGAAGCCUGAGAACUGUGUAGAACCUACAGCACAGAAGCUUCUUCUCCAGGAUCUGUCUGACUGCAUGGAAAUGCAUCAGAGCACUGCUUCUGACAUGUCUGUUGUACAUGAUAUGGAACUGACCGGAUGCAAGACUAUUACCAUUGACACAAAAACCGCCUUGGUAACACAUCCUUCAAUCGUGGCACCAAGCACACAAGGUGUGUCGUCAUCUAGACCUGCCGUAGACGAAAUGAAGAGGUCUGGAGCAAUCCUUGAACAACUUGGAACAGUUCUUGCCUCACAAGCUGUAGAGUGCAAAUCUUCAACUUCACUAAUGGAUUUGGAUACUGGAAAUCUUGUCGAUGGCCACAAAAUGGCUGAGUUGGCCAGACAUCAGAUAGCUGAAACAAAAACUUCAGGUGCCCUUGCAGCCACCGAAACUGGAGAGUGUAAAAGAAACACGACUCUGGCGACACAUACUGUGUUUCAUAAUGAUCAGAGCGACUUUAUGGAAUUGACAUGCCAAGCAUCAACUGGGGCUUUGUCUCCUAAUCUAGAUGACUCGAUGUUAACGGGAUGCGGUAAUCUGGCCGCAGACUUGAAACCUAUUUCAACAACAAAUGUAAAGUCAAAACCACAAGCAUCUUUCAUGCUACCACCAUCAGUCUCUCCAAAAGUCAAAAGGACUCAUCGGUUUAAAAGUGAAAGUUCAGUCUCUCACAUGGUGGUCGAUAUGGAAAUGACACAGUGUCACACAGUAGGUGGUGAUCUGGAAAAAACAUGUCCUACAGUGUGUGAUGAUAUGGAAAUGACCCAAUGUCAGACAGUUGUCCUUGAGACCAAAAGCUGUGAUGGCUACAAAUCGCUUGCAUCAACAUCUUUUAGAACUAAAGGUAUGACCCAUGAACACACUGCAUCUUCUAAGAGAACGAAGCCUGAGAACUGUGUAGAACCUACAGCACAGAAGCUUCUUCUCCAGGAUCUGUCUGACUGCAUGGAAAUGCAUCAGAGCACUGCUUCUGACAUGUCUGUUGUACAUGAUAUGGAACUGACCGGAUGCAAGACUAUUACCAUUGACACAAAAACCGCCUUGGUAACAAGUCCUUCAAUCGUGGCACCCAAGCACACAAGGUGUGUCGUCAUCUAG